GGGAUGUGACAUUUAAGUGGCCUUCUUCGACAAUAUACUGGAUCGUCAAUCUAUGGUCCAAUGAAAUAGCUUACAGUCGACUAUUUCCCAUGGUAUUCACUGGAAAUAGUCCAAGCCAUGAAUGGGUGAAUUCCAAUAUGUCUACUCCUUGAUUGGCGGAUGCCUAAUUGUGCCACGUCAAUUAUGGAGGGAUGGGCGGUGUCCUAAAUGUUGAAAUAGCAUUCAAUUCAUCGAAGAAUUUGUUGAAGAGCGCCUACCUGACUCACUUCGUACAGAUCUGUACCUACCUAGGCAUCCAUUGAAUGAAAUAUUUCAAUGGGAAGUUACAGCGCGUGUAACACUCGUUAGCGGUACUUAGGUACCUAAAAAGCUUAAAUCGUUUAGCGCAACGCGUGCAGCUAUUUUUGCUGGUUGCUCCCUUCAACGGACGGCCCCACAAUACCCAUUUAUUUUUCAGGGCAAGGUUCCCAUUGCUCAAUCGCUGAAGCUUGUGCCAAUUUCUAAACAAAGCCAUCCUGCCAUCUUCUGAACCAGCAAUCUCAUAAUAACAGAACCGUUAUUGAACGAACUACACCGAUUCAUCGAUUCUAGUUGCAUUAUUCAAUACGUUCCUUAUCUCCUCUCCUCUCCUUUGCUAUUGCUAUUCCUUCUUCCUAUUUCCUCUUGCUCUUGCUUAUGGUUGUUGAUCAAUUGACUUGAAAAAAUUAUGUCUGUUCGUGUGAUUGCGCGGAUACGUCCGCUCCUAGAAAAGGAAUUGGACAAAGACGUGAUCGUACGCUCCGCGAGCAACGACGAUGGCAAGACUAGCAAUAUCGUCAAAAUACCGAACCCAAAAAAUGAAUCCGAGGAAUUCUCAUUCACUUUCAACGGCGUGUAUGACCAGGCGACCACACAAGAGGAGCUAUUCACCUCGGAAGUUUCUCCUCAUCUCAAAUCGCUCUUUAACGGCCUCGACGUGACGAUAUUUGCCUAUGGUGUCACCGGAACCGGUAAGACCCAUACGAUGCGCGGUGGAUUGAAGUUGGCCGAGCGUGGUGUUAUCCCUAGACUUCUUAGUGGCGUCUUCCGACGAGCCAAGAAGAUCGGUAAGGAUACCGAAGGCGAGACUACCGUAGAUGUGGCCCUCUCCUAUUACGAAAUUUACAAUGACAAGGUCUUCGACCUACUCGAGCCCAUCGAAAAAAGGACACCAUCGGGUCUACCUCUACGAGCAGAGGCUAACGGCAAGACUGUCGUGGCUGGUUUGUCUGAGCGACCUUGCCAAGACUUGAAAGAUUUCGAGCGAUUGUAUAUCGAGGCCAACAACAACCGUGUAACUGCUGCUACGAAGCUCAAUGCCCAUAGCAGUAGAAGUCAUGCUAUCUUGCGUGUUAAGCUUAUACAGACCACUGGAGACAUGGUCCGAGAAAGCACAGCAUCGGCCAUUGACUUGGCUGGUUCGGAGGAUAAUCGUCGAACGGAGAAUGACAAGGAGCGUUUGAUCGAGUCUGCUGCCAUCAACAAGAGCUUGUUUGUGUUGAGUCAGUGCAUCGACGCCAUUUCCAGAGGAGAUCGCCGUAUACCGUUUAGAGAAUCGAAGAUGACGAGGAUUCUCUCACUCGGUCAGAACAAUGGCAUCACUAUCAUGUUUUUGAACCUCGCCCCGAUUCGAAGCUACCAUCUCGAUACCCUCAGUAGCUUGAAUGUUAGCUCUAGAGCUAAGCGCAUCGAAGUCCGCGAGAUCGAGAAUGAGGUCGUCUUCAAACAACCCCCACGUGCCAUUUCCAAGUCUGGUUUAGGCAUAACUCGCCAACCGCUGCGCCCUCUUGCAAAUGCGCAUAACAUCCAUUCGGGGACCGUCGCGAAGGCCGCGGAUAAACCUGCCGAUCGUCCGGUGAAGGCUUUCAGCGUCUAUACCGAUCGGUUAAAGCCACCACAGCCUACAGCGCGACCCAUGGCUAAUACCACCAUGAAGCGAUCACCUUCACACAAGCGUCCCUCCGAUUCUUCAGAUGGUGGUAAUAGGCCGAGCAAGAUCACCCGUCCAGCGCUAAUACCCAAGUCGGCUAAGCCACCGCAACAAAUGCUACCUCCCAUGUCCGCAGACCAGAUCGAAGCAAUGGUGGAGAAGAAGGUAAGCGAAAUCUUAGCUUCUCGGACGCAAGCUGCGCCGCCACCACCUGAGAUCAAUGAAGCUGUUCGGAGACGUCUUGAGGCUCUAGAGAAACGCAUCGAAGAUGAACGUCAUGACGACAAUCGCUCGGAUGGUCUGCGGUUUUUGGUAAUGGCGCGACAGCAUAAGGAGCGCGGAGAAGAAGCAAGUGCGCUCAAGUUGUACGAGAUGGCAUUGCCUUACUUCCCAGGCCAAGCAAAACUCAUCGGAAAGAUUGAGAAACUGAAGGCUCGACUAGAGGCUAAACGCGAGGCCCUAGAUUCGUCUUCUGGUGAAAUGGAGCGCGAGAUUAGCAGAAGUCCGGCCAAGAGUUCAGCUAGGAGUCCAAUGAAGAGUCCGUUUAAGAGUCCAACCAAGAAGCAUAAGAAGCCUAGCCGGCCCGCCGAGGACGAUGGCUACAAUGGUGCGGAAGCAGACGACGAUGACGAUGACUUCAUGGGCCGGGGUCGUACGAAGACUAAGAAGUCUAGAGCUAUGAAGGCAUCUAGCGAGUCGGCAACGAUAGAGGAAGGUCCGGUAUCGCGAAACUUGUUGUACAUUGUUAACUCGCGAGACAUUUCCCUGAUCACUACUCUCCAGGGCUUCGGACCGAAGAAAGCUAGGGAUCUAGUGGAAUACCUAGAGCUCAUUGCGGAGGACGGUGGUCGCAUCAACUCGUUAGAGCAGCUUAGAAUGGCCCCCGGGAUGGGUGGACGCGCUAUAGACCGUGCUUACGAGGGUCUGCUUGCCUCUCCUGGAUUUUCUUGAUUCGGCGUCUUUCAUUCGUCGUUUUUCAUCGUUUCUAGUCGCUUUGUGAAGGCUGCAUCUGCAUUAGCUGGCGGUUUUUUCUUGGCCGUCUAGGCAUGGACGGAGUGAACCGAAAUUGCAUUGGCACGGCGUUUUUAAGGGGGUUUAUAGGCAUUUGAUUUGUUAGGAUUGGGGCAUAUUCAUUUGAGGACGUCCUGUGGUGAUUUUCCCCUGGAUCAGAUUCAUAGGGCUAUAGUUUGCAUUGGUUUCACUGUAGUAAAUUGCUUUAAUUGGAAGUGUAUGCUUCGUGAUGAGAUGCCUCGAUAUGCUUAACGGAGGACUAGGAAUUUAAUUGAUGCUUAGGUUGGUACCUAGGUAGGUAGGAUUAGAUUCUCAAUGUGAAUGUCUGAGGGAUGAAGUUGAAGCAGAAGUUAAGUUUGAAAA